AGUGGUGAGGUAAUGCUUGUAAAAUGCUGCUUUCUCUUCCUCUGCUGAUCAUCUGGAGCCACAGCAGAGACUCUGGAGGAAGUAUUGGGCUAGUGUUUGAUGGAGUAUCUAUUCACUGGGAGUAUUGCAGAGCAUCUGGAUCUGUUUUAAGGACAGUUUUCGCCAUUCCCUGCUACAUGGCCACGUUGGCCCGCGGCGCGCCUCUGCGGGAGAGGAACGCACUUGUUGAGGGGGAGCAGUUUCAAGACAUCGUGCAGAGGAGCCGCAGUUUGAUCCUAAAGAUCCUGCUCUCCAUUCCCGACACGCACGCGUCAUGCAUUCACAUCGAGACGCUACAACUCAAUUCUUCAGAAAACGCCAAGCUGGUGUUCAUGGCAUCCACCAUAGGCAUCCCCUCUGCUCCUGUGCUCAGGGGGGUGUCAGAAAACUUCACUUUGGAGACCAGUUUGAUACACAUGUCUGAGGGUCUUCAGCUGCACCGGGCCCUGCUGAGCACCGUCUCUCCUCAGCUGGCAAACAAAGACAAAGUGACUGGGCUACAGGCUGACAUCAAAGACCUUGUCAUUCAGAUCAAUAAGUUGCUGAAAAUGGCCCAAGCAGAGGCUGCGGUGCAGCCCUCACCAAUGUCCGUGGCCUUGCGUCUACCAGGAGAAUAUGACGUUCAGGUGGCGGCACACCUCACUCUGGUGCAGCUCCAGUCCUUCGGGCAGGACACGGUCCGCUGCCUCAGGAGUCUAGACCGGAGCAAUGAGGAGUCAGAGAGCUGACCAACGGGUGCCAUACUGUGACUGAUUUUGGUUCAUGUCCAAAACACUCUUUUUUUAAAUCAUGAUAUUUAUUUAUUUAUCUAUCUAUCAGUUAAAUGAUUAUUUGUUAUUUUAAAUAUAUUUAUAUAUUUAUUUAUGGAAUAUUUAUUUGGGGAGUAUAUUCACCACAAAACUCUGUCACCACAAACUCUUUUUUGUUCCUUCCUUCAUCACAUAGCAAUAACUGAAAAAUCAUCCAGUCUGACAAAAACAAUAUACAGUAUAUCAUUUCAACAUUCAAAUGCUAUACUUUUAAUUUCCUUCCAUCGCAGAGUUUCAUUAAAAGAAUGUUUAGCAAAACAGAACUUUUAGCGACAGCUUAAUAUUUAUAACUCAACUAUUAACUUAUUUCAUGGGAUUGGGUGCACAUUUAGGAUUAAUUACACAUUCUGUAAACCUUUUAAAUGAAACUAAAUAUUUUUGUAUGAAUCUC